AUGAGUGCUGCUGCUGGAACUACAAGAUCUUCAGUUGUUGCCAGCCGAUCAAAACAAGGUUGGCUUCAAAAUUAUUUACUGAUCUGGGUCGAUGGCAAUAUCGACGAAAAGAACGAAGAUUGUGCAAAUACACUGACCAAACUGCGCAGUAUCGUCAGAGAGAUCAAUCUCUGUACGACGCCUGCGCAGUGCAUCAAAUUUCUUAAUGAUAUGGAUAACAAGAAAGCUUUCGUUAUCUCGUCUGGAGCAUUAGGACAGCAGCUCGUUCCAGAAAUUCAUGACUUGCCACAAGUGGACGCAAUUUACAUCUUUUGUGGCAAUAAAACAAGACAUGAAGUAUGGGCCAAAGACUGGACAAAGAUUGAAGGUGUUUUCACCUCAAUCGAGCCCAUUCUCAAAUCAUUGAAAAAGGUCGCC